UGGAGUUUUAAAGAGCAGGUACAUUCUAUUGGAGAGGACGACUUUGCAUCACAAGGGUAGUUCAGAACAAGAUCGCUCUGUUCGGAGAUUAGCACCAAGAAAAGACAGAGCGCUGCUUUCAGCACCAAGGACAACUCUUUGUACUGAAGCAAACGGUUGAAGCACAAUAUUCAAAGCUAUGUUACAAAGGAACAGUUCCCAGCUUCUGCUGUUAUUAGCCCUGUGCAGUGUGUUAUAUUCUAGGACAUUGGGACUACCUGCUCUUGGAACAUACUCUACCAUGAGGUUGGGGAACACAAUUACUUUGGAUGGAGAUAGUGAUAGCGACUGGACAAAGGACUCAUCAAAACACGAAUCAGUUCCAGAAAGCUAUAAACUUUAUUAUGAUUUAUCAAAUGCAGUGGCCAGAACUGCACGACAUGCGGAUGGGCUUUUCACUAGUGGAUACAGUAAACUUCUUGGUCAGCUUUCAGCAAGAAGGUACUUGGAGUCCCUUAUUGGAAAAAGGGUCAGCAACAACUUUUUGGAGGAACAAAUACCAGUCAAGCGCCACUCUGAUGCCAUAUUUACUGACAACUAUAGCCGCUUUCGAAAACAAAUGGCUGUAAAGAAAUACCUAAACUCUGUCCUUACAGGAAAGAGAAGCCAGGAAGACAUGAAUCCAACAAGCCUUCAGGAAGAAGUCACCCUUAAUGAACCCUACUCAGAAAACUAUGAUGAAGUUUCUGUAAAUGAGCUCCUGAGCCAUCUCCCACUGACCCUCUGAAGAAACACAUGAUAAUUUUACAUAUGUUUCAGUUUAAAUAGCAUUACAAGGACUUCAGUACUAAAACCAAAACAUUUAUUGUGGAGUUGAUGGUGAUACUGUAUAUGUGGUUGUUAUAUAUAAAAGUUGAUGUUUACAGUGUAAAUAUUAUAAUUACAUUUUUGCCUAAAGCUGUACAUAUGUAUGCUAGCCAUGAAUUCAUAAAUAUUGUGUGGGCUUAUCUUCUGUAAAUCCUUAGUUCAAUAAAU